AUGGUAUCACGAAUCAACAAACGGACUCAUUCUUCAAUCUCAUCAUUCUCAUCUGACGAUAUGACCAUCACGAAUUCACCUUUCUCUCAUACACACGCACUUGCAAAUCCGCACCAAAGUGGAUUUAAUUCUUCGCCAUUUACCAAUCAUCCAUUACCUUAUCCACCACCUGGAGCCAUCGUUGGUCCUACAUCUACAUAUCAUCACUCACAUGCACCGGCUCAUUUCCCACAGCAACCACAGAGGGAGAUCAAGUUCAUCUUCGAGACGGGAAGGAAAGAACCGAAAUGCCGUAGAUUGUCGAAACCUAAAGACAAAGAGAGGGAGAACGGGAAGGAGAAUACUGGUGGGAGGAAGGCAUUGGCUAAUAAAAGUAUUAAAGAUCCGAAUAUCACUCGUAAAUCGAAACCUACGCCUCUGAAUCUCAAACAAAAUGCUAAAUCACCUUUCGGCGGACCGGAAUCUCAAAGUCAUAUGCCUUCACCGCCACUGACAGCCAGACCUUUCACUUCACAUUGUCCUCUACCCAAAGUCGACUAUGAAUAUCCAUAUAGCCCCUGUACACAACGUUCAUCAAUUCCGGCGCCAAUUAAAGAUUAUCAUCGACAUCUUCCCCAAGCUCAUCAAUCGAUGUUACCUUCGAUAGAUCAUUUCCGAUUUAUUAAUCCGCCUCAUGGCUACAGUCUUUAUCCCAUUGGAGACGGCUCACCACCUUUACCUAUCGAUGCACCUAUUCCUAAAGCUCCUUUACAAGCUUAUACGCCCUUCUUCGAAGAUACCUUAUCCUUCCCUGAACUUCAGGAGGAGGACGAGAUGGACAUUGAUGCCGAUCAGAGACGUGACGGUCCGAUGAUGGGUUUAGGACUCGAUCUGGGUCUGGAAGAGAAGCAAAAGGAGAUGAUGGACUUCGUUCCGAGGAAGCCUUCUCUGGAUCUUAUGAUGCAUGAUGAAGAAGAGAUGGAUAUGGACAACGGAGGGGGUGUCGCCGAAUUGGGGCUGGGUUUGGGGUUGAGUUUGGUCAAUUAA